AUGGCUGGAAUUGCGGGUGGUUAUUCUUCUUUGGGUUUUACCAAGAAAGACGCAUAUAACUAUAUGGAUCGGUCGAAGCGUGCAAAGGUGGUUGAUGGAGACAUGAACGCUGCUAUAGUAUACCUGGAAGGCAAGGCAGCUGCUGAUCCCAUGUCUAUGGCCCGGUACAAUUUGACUGAUGAAGGUAUGUUGGGAAACAUGCUCUGGGCAGAUGGUCCUAGCAGGGUUGAUUUUCAACACUUUGGAGACGUAGUUGCAUUCGAUUCGACGUAUAAGAAGAACAAGUACAAUAGACCCCUUGUCAUAUUCUUAGGUUCAAACAAUCACAAGCAAACAACAAUUUUUGGUUUCGGUUUGGUUUUAGAUGAGACAAUCAGUUCAUACAAGUGGAUGUUGGAGAACUUGUUAGAAGUCAUGUGUGGGAAGCUGCCCUCUGUAGUCGUUACCGAUGGAGAUGAAUCAAUGAUUGCUGCAGUUAGGGAGGUGUUGCCCCGGGCAACCCAUAGGUUGUGUGCAUGGCAUCUGCAGAAGAAUGUGACCUCGAACAGCAACGAGCAGAUGUUCCGUGAUGUCUUUGCCAAGUGGUUGUAUGCUGACAUGGAGGUUGAAGAGUUUGAGUGUGAAUGGGCACAGGUUGCUGAACAGCACACUAUUCUAGAGCUUGUGCAAAACCUGGAGCUACUAGUACGGGAGUACCGGAACAAUGAGCUGGUUGCACAGUUCAGUUCAAUUUACGGUAUUCCCGUUAUGAUGACCCGUCUUGAUCCUAUCGAACAGUUUGCUGCAUCGGUGUACACGAAGGUCAUAUUCACACAAGUGAAGAAGGAGAUUGAGUCUAUCUCGAUCGUUAACUUCGUAAGCAAACGAAGGGUCUCAACAACCAUGGUGUACACGGUUGAGGAGUAUGGAUUCCCCGGGCAGAAUGUGGUGGCAUUGUACGAUCGAAAAAGAGGUAGGUUGGUAUGUCGAUGUGGAUUUUGGGAGAAAGAAGGUUUUCCUUGCAGGCAUAUGUUUUUUGUCAUGAAGCACGAGCACAUAAAAAGAAUUCCCGAAAGCUUGAUUUUGAGCCGAUGGAGGAAGGAUGUGAAGACAGUCAACGAAUACAUUGAGAAGACGGGACUAGAGGAUGAGCGGGGUUUCUUGUUGAGACAUGGAGCCCUGCAUGCUGCUUCGCAGUGGAUGUUGUUCGUCGGAUAA